GUCCACCAAGAGUCAAGACUCAAGAGACCUUGGUCGGGAAGCUCAAGACUUGGUUUGUUGUGAUUGGUUGAAUUGAAGGAGAGAUGAGCAGCACAACAACAGAAGCAUGGGUGCUGGACUUGCAGCGUGGGCUCAGAUACCAUCCCCAUGAGGAGGAAAUGGUGAACCUUUUGAAGAAGCAGGAGGAGGGCAAGGCCUCCCAAGCCCGCCACAUCAUCCCAUACAUUGAUUUCUAUAAGUACGAGCCUAGGGAAUUAGCUGGACUCAUGUUGCCAGACUCUCCAUAUCAACCUAGGAUGUGGUUUUCCUUCAGCCGACCUCAUCACAAAUACAACAACAGUCCUCGCUGCAAUAGGCUCACAGCGAAGGGCUUCUGGAAAAUCACAGGAAAGCCACGAGAAAUCAAGUCUCGACAACUCUCCAAAUCGGUCACUUGCAAAAAGAGGACCUUGACCUUCCAUUUAGGUCGUCCGUCUAAGUGGAGCAAGACCGGCUGGGUCAAGCAGGAGUAUUAUCUCACUUCAACUGUCCCGGGUUCUAAUCUGAGUGGCCUUGUUCUUUUCCGCAUGAAGAAUAAGUCAGCUCACUAUGAGUCUGAUACUAAGCAGCAGCAGGAUGUUUCAAUCUUUGAUGAAUCAGCUGAUCCUGCUAUUGGUGGCGACAUGGCCUCUGAUUCUCAAGAUGAUCAAGCUGCUGCAAAUCAUAUGAUUCCGGAGGCCGAAGAACAUCUGCUUGGAAGUGGCAAUCAUAAUGAUGGUGAACCUGGUGGCUUUGUUUCAUCUGAUUUUGAUAUAAUGCAAGAGUUAUGUGCUCAGCUAGGACUUGAGCCGCCUCAGCCACACCAGCUACCUCAGCUGGGAAAUGUUCCUGGUACUGGUGACUACCUCGCCUCAAAUUCUGAUAACCAAGCUGCUGCUAUCCAACCUAUGAUUACAGACGAAGAAGAACUUCUGGCCUACAAAGAGCUAGAACGUGUUCUUCUUGACAGUGGCAAUCCUGAUAAUGGUGAACCUGGUAGCUGUGUUUCAUCUGAUAUGCGUCAAGAGUCAUGUGCUCAGCCAGGAGAAGAUCUGGAUUCACCCGUUCUGUCACCUCGGCCACCUGAGCUGGGAAAUGCUCCUGAUGUCUAUACUGAUGAAUGCGGUAGCUGGCCAUCCCAAAUUGAGGAUAAUGAUUCUUCUCUUCCAAACAAGGAUAAUAUUCCAACCAAUUAUGACAGCAAACCAAUUAGCAACACAGCCUCUGACUUCGAGAAUCAAACUAAAGAUGAAAGGAUUCCCGAGGUUUAUUCUGAAUCAGAAGAAAAUCUGCAAUUGUUCUUUCGUUCACUUGAGGUAGAGGAUUACACAUUGCCUUCCUCAAUAUUAUACGUGGAACAGGGAGAUGUUCUGCAUGCCAAUAACUAUAUUGGAUGCAAUGAGUCGCAAGAUGCGGCUCUUUUCCCACAAAGUUCUUGAGUAACAAAAACAUCAUAAACUCUUUCCAAUGACUACAACCUAACAAAAUCAUUGGGAAGGGUUUAUGAUGAGGAUGGUGGAGUACAACAGUGACACAAACACUGAAGUACUCCAUGAAAAUAUUAUUUGCAUUAGCCACUCCAUUAUGGUUAAUGAACCAGAACAUUUUAUUUAUAGGAGAAUAUCAAAGGGGACUUAUAAACAACAAGAGCCCUUGUAAGAAUGUGUCUCAAACCCACAUUAUUACAGACUGAUAUUCUCCUACAAAUAUUUCACUAACGACAUAAGUUACUAGUCUGUCACACACAGCAAGGGUUUUGGGCAAUUAUGUCCAAAAUCUUUGAUGUGUGUGUAACCCCCCAAAAAAAAAAACCAAACCAAACCAAAAAAAAAAAAAAAAAAAAAAAAAGGGGGAAAAAAAAAAAGAAGAAGCUGUCCCCCAGCAUCCCCAAGUUUUGGAAACUAAAACCUUAAUUGGUAAGUGAACUUAUUGGUACAAAGAAAAACCAGCAAAUGCAAAUGGUUGAAAUGCCAUCUGGAACUCUCUACCCUUCUCCGAAUGCAACGAGUCCAGAUGAAGUGAAGAUGUCUUUUCUCAGAAGCAGUGUUUUGGAGAUGGCACUUCCUCUAUCAACACAAACUACAGAUAUUCCUCAGAUCAGUAGUCUUCUUCAACUAGUAUAUCUAUCCUUCAAGUCGAAGAACACACAACCUCCAUAUCAACCAGUAUCACAAGCCAAGGUCAGGAAGCUGCAGCUCAUUGUGUUGCUGUUCAAACCGUUUGAAGCGGGCAUGGAAUCGGCAGCUGGCACAAAUUGAAGGGUCCUUUUACUUUCCUGGAAGCAUCUCCUGUGGUGGUAUAAUAUUUCAAUACCAAGUUCUAGUUGUAUAGCCUUAGAGGCUUGCUUUUGUUCCACAGUCGCUAUCAUUAUAGAAUUGGCGCUAUACAGAAGCUUCUGCUACAUGGCUGCUGGAGUCUCAGUUUACUAUAUUAGUAUAACCAGACACUAGUGUGAUGUUCUGGUUACUGAUAUAGAAUCUUUGAACUCCAUCCUUAAUGGAGUAGUAGUUCCUAGUUACAGUCAUUUCGAAAAUGUACGAUUAUUUUUGUAUUUUGAAGGUCUUAAACCUAUCAAUGACCUACCUUCAGUCUGAAUCCUACCCUUUUACCACCAAAAAUUGUAUCCUUGUUAAUAUUGUUUCGAUUAUCAUUGUAUCGUUGUGAAUGUUGUUUAUUUCCAACAUUUCAAUGUUGAAUGGAGAAUGUUAUGUAUGAUUUCCUCUCUUUA